AGCCCAUGAAAGCCAAAACGGAACGCAGUUCGCAGUUGACUGCGUGACGUCACGGCAGUACUGGAAGUAUAUUUCGGAAUACGCCCUCAGUAGCCAUCCCGGGCGGUGGGGUCAUUAAGAGUCUGCUGUUACCUCCAUUUACUGUUAAUUACCAAAUUGCUAUUCAUACUUCAUGUGUACCUGACAAGUAAGACUUCAACUCGAGCUUGUGCGCGGAAAAUAAAUUUUUCGCGAGCUGUUCAAAAAGUCAGAAUGCUCAUCGUGAAAACCCUUUGGAGUGUUUGGAGUAGAACCUGCCCGGCGAGGUAUCGUUUACUGGCAUCGACGAUAGAAAAGAAACCCACGCAUUUUCGUGGUUUUUUUCACUUAUUAGGUAAAGAUGCAAGUGAUAAAAUGGAAUGGAAUCCUUUUGUCAUGCAGCUUGGUUACAAUUCGUUGAAGUGCAUGCGUAAGCGAUGCUUUAUCGUGUCAUCUCUCAAUUUGGCCAAGACGAAGGACCGAGGAAAGGAUAAGAAGAAACAGACUAAGGUAGAAGUAAACCUGAACGAACUGUCAGAUGUGAUCAAUACAGAGAAACUGCUUACGCAAUUCGAACAUACCGUUAAUAAUUUAAAGGAUAAUUACUCCAAGAACUUGACACUGCGCUCUUCCGUUGGCUCGAUUGAACAAAUACCAAUUCCGUGGGAGAGUAAGGAAUACGAACUACAAGAAUUAUCACAAGUCGCGAGAAAACCCAAGACGUUGAUAAUUGAUGUCUCUGCGUUCCCCCAAGUCAUUCCCAAUAUCAUACAAGCUUUAGCUAAAAGUGGAAUGAAUCUUAACCCCCAACAGGACGGAACCACGCUCUUUGUACCAAUUCCAAAAAUCACCAAGGAGCACAGAGAAAAUUUGGCUAAAAAUGCCAAGGCGAUGUUCAUUGGUUGUCGUAAAAGUAUCAGGGAUAUCCAACUGGAUUGCAUCAAGUCAGUGAAAAACAAGAAAUAUAUCUCUGAGGAUCUUCAACGUAGUAUACAGAAUCAAGUUCAAGCUCUAGCGGAUAAGUUUAUCAAUGAAGCGGAGGCGAUACUUAAAAUGAAACAAAAGGAAUUGUCAGGAGAUUUGGACUAGGAGUAUACAAUUCGUAUAUUGUCUAAUGAUUUCCUCACAUUAGCCAUUAUUUAUAAUAAUCCAUCAUGACAAACAAAUCGUACAAUCUGAUAGAUUUGUUAUUUUUGCUAUGAAUACUCUGUGAGUAAAAAAUAAUCGUUGCGUGUAACCUGUAUGAGCGGUUGGAUUAAAACUACUUUGCUGUCAAUUUCAGAUUAUCUUAA